AGCAACCGUUCCUGGGUGCAAUUUUUUUUCCUUUUUUUUUUUUUUUUCCUCUUUUCCCUCCCCAACCCCCCCAACUUUGCUUUUUUUGUGAAUGAAAAAAGGAGGUCGUGAGCGGUCCCGGGGACUGCGGCGCUCGGCGUCUUAAGGCUGCGCGCGUGCGGCGGCCUCACCCGGCGCCUGGCUCUCUAGCGCGCCGCCCGCAACCUCCGCAGCGCAGCCGGGCGGCGGCGCGGCCCAGCGGCCGGAGGUCGGAGCGGCGGCGCGCAGCCAGGCUCCGCAAGCCUCCAUGACAUUGGGCGCCCGGGGCGCGCGGAGAUGCUGAUCCGGAAGAGGCAGUGGCUGCAGUGCAGCGCCCCAGGCUGCUCACGUGCCGCGGUCCGACCUGGGCUUCUGUGCCAGAGUUUCUUCUGAUCGUACCUGAACCGGGACCCCAGGAGGCUGGGUCUCCAGCACAGAGCAGCAGCGUCGGCGGCUCCCCAACUUGCACGCGCAGAGUGACCCCAGACAUCUCACUAAAAUGAGCGUGCUUAGCAGGAAGAGAUGUGUUCCCUACACUAGAAAUUACCCCGUCACAUGUAGUGGUGUCCCAAUUAAUGGAUUCUGACAUGGAUUAUGAAAGGCCAAACGUAGAGACCAUCAAGUGUGUGGUGGUGGGGGACAACGCCGUGGGCAAGACUAGGCUCAUCUGUGCCCGGGCCUGCAAUGCCACCCUCACCCAGUACCAGCUGCUUGCCACCCAUGUGCCCACAGUGUGGGCCAUUGACCAGUAUCGUGUAUGCCAGGAGGUGCUAGAACGCUCCCGAGAUGUGGUAGAUGAUGUCAGCGUCUCCCUGCGCCUCUGGGACACCUUUGGAGACCACCACAAAGACCGACGUUUUGCUUAUGGAAGAUCCGAUGUGGUGGUUCUGUGUUUCUCCAUUGCCAACCCCAAUUCCCUCCACCACGUUAAGACCAUGUGGUACCCAGAAAUCAAGCAUUUCUGCCCCAGAGCUCCUGUCAUUCUGGUGGGUUGCCAGCUGGACCUGCGCUAUGCUGACCUGGAAGCCGUUAACAGGGCCAGGAGGCCUCUGGCUAGGCCCAUCAAGCCCAAUGAAAUCCUCCCCCCAGAGAAGGGUCGGGAAGUGGCCAAAGAGCUGGGGAUCCCUUACUACGAGACCAGCGUGGUGGCCCAGUUUGGUAUCAAGGACGUCUUUGACAAUGCCAUUCGGGCUGCACUCAUCUCCCGCCGCCACCUGCAGUUCUGGAAAUCUCAUCUGCGCAAUGUGCAGCGGCCUCUACUACAAGCACCCUUCCUUCCCCCCAAGCCACCGCCCCCCAUCAUCGUGGUGCCCGAUCCCCCCUCCAGCAGCGAGGAGUGCCCCGCCCACCUCCUGGAAGACCCGCUCUGUGCGGAUGUCAUCCUGGUGCUGCAGGAGCGCGUGCGCAUCUUUGCCCACAAAAUCUACCUCUCCACCUCCUCCUCCAAAUUCUAUGACUUAUUCCUCAUGGACCUGAGUGAGGAGGAGCUGGGGGGCCCCUCAGGGUCAGGGGGCCCCCGCCCAGAGGACCACCGGAGCCACCCUGAGCAACAUCACCAUCAUCACCAUCACCACCAUGGGCGGGACUUCCUGCUUCGGGCUGCCAGCUUUGACGUAUGUGAGAGUGUGGACGAAGCUGGGGGCUCUGGUCCAGCUGGCCUCAGGGCUUCAACCAGUGACGGGAUCUUACGGGGUAAUGGAACAGGGUACCUGCCAGGCAGGGGACGCGUGCUGUCUUCCUGGAGCCGAGCUUUUGUGAGUAUCCAGGAGGAGAUGGCAGAGGAUCCCCUGACCUUCAAAUCCCGGCUGAUGGUGGUGGUGAAGAUGGAUAACUCCAUUCAGCCGGGGCCCUUCCGGGCUGUUCUCAAGUACCUGUACACGGGGGAGCUAGGGGAGAAUGAGCGGGACCUCAUGCACAUCGCUCACAUUGCGGAGCUGCUAGAGGUCUUUGAUCUACGUAUGAUGGUGGCCAAUAUUCUCAACAACGAGGCCUUCAUGAAUCAGGAGAUCACCAAGGCCUUCCAUGUACGCCGGACCAACCGGGUUAAGGAGUGUUUGGCAAAGGGCACCUUUUCAGAUGUGACCUUCAUCCUGGAUGAUGGAACCAUCAGCGCCCAUAAGCCUCUGCUGAUUUCCAGCUGUGACUGGAUGGCUGCCAUGUUUGGGGGGCCAUUUGUGGAGAGUUCUACCAGGGAGGUAGUGUUUCCGUACACAAGCAAGAGCUGCAUGAGAGCUGUGUUGGAGUACCUCUACACAGGCAUGUUCACCUCCAGCCCAGACCUGGAUGAUAUGAAGCUCAUCGUCUUGGCUAACCGCCUCUGCCUGCCACACUUGGUUGCCCUCACAGAGCAGUACACAGUGACCGGACUGAUGGAGGCUACCCAGAUGAUGGUGGACAUCGAUGGGGAUGUCCUUGUAUUCCUGGAAUUGGCACAGUUCCACUGCGCGUACCAGUUGGCUGACUGGUGUCUUCACCAUAUCUGCACCAACUACAACAACGUAUGCCGCAAGUUCCCCCGAGACAUGAAGGCUAUGUCUCCAGAAAACCAGGAGUACUUUGAGAAGCACCGGUGGCCACCAGUCUGGUACCUGAAAGAAGAGGACCACUAUCAGCGUGCGCGGAAGGAGCGAGAGAAAGAGGACUAUUUACACCUGCGGAGGCAGCCCAAGCGGCGGUGGCUGUUUUGGAACAGUCCCUCAUCACCGUCCUCCUCAGCAGCGGGCUCAGCGUCCCCAUCCUCCUCCUCCUCGGCUGUGGUCUGAGAUGCUGCCACCUUUUUCUGAUCCCGCUGCUGUUGUCCUCAUUAGCCCUUGUCCAUCUGCUCUCCUGUAUCAUCCCCUCUACCCAACCGGUGACGAGGGAAUUCACCUAACCAGAACCCUAAGGGCAGAGCCGUUCUCACCAGCCAAUGUGGCUCAGGCUAAGAGGAGCCAGGCCCUGCAGAUCAGAACAGGGUCCACCUACAGUUUCAGGCAGGGCAGGAAAACAUCUACCCCAAGGUGGGGAGCAGGAAAGAGCUCAGAGCUCUUAUACUUUCUCUCUGGACUUGACAAUAGAGUCAAUGGAGGAAAGCUUCCCUGUAUGUGGGCUUGUCUGUAUUGGUGUCUGCUUUGGCCAGAGAGGCAGCUUCCUCCCCAUCAACAGAAUUUUGAGGGUUGCCAGUAUUUUUGUGAGCAUUGUCCUGUGGGUUUACUCAACUCCUGACUUGAGAAGUUAAGGUAGAAAAGAAGUCCUGAGAGCCCACAUCAAGGCUUCUAUGCCAUGAGGUGUGGCUGCUAGGGGGAGAAUGGACUAAACUGCAGCCUGUCAGCAUCCUCUCAGGACUGACUACAGGCACUGCAGAUUUAAUGGUGGGUAGCAGCGUUGGUUCAAUGUUCAGGUUUGUACACAGUACCUCAGUACAAUGUGAGUUUUCUGCUUCACCCUUCCUGCACUUGUUACAUUUGACAUGGAUGGAGGAGGAGGAGGUGGUGGUGGUGGUGGACAAAGAGGAGGAGAAGGUGAUGGAGGGAAAGGAGUUGGAGGAGGAGGUGGUGGAGGAGGAAGAGGAGGAGGGAGGGUGGGUUCUGUGCUCAGCAAUUUCACGCUCCUCUGGGGUUACUUCCCCUGCCGCUGGGUGACACUGCCUUUUAUGAGGUGAGAGCAGAAACAGUCCAACAGGAGAAACCCCCAAAUCAGAAGCACCAAGACCACGCUAUCCUUUGACUCCCCAAAAGAAUGAAGUUCUAAAAAGAGAGACCCUGUAGGGUAUACAUUUUCAUAAAACUGAAUGGAAGCCUCUAUUACUAUGUGGCUAUACAAGGGUAGCACCAACCAGUCCAAUGCCUUUCAGAAGACGACUCGCACCCGCCCUGUCUGAGGAUGCUGUUCCCCGAGGCUUGCUGGCUGUAGGCUACAGGGUUGCAGGGAAGGCCUGGGGGCUCAGAUGGCAUUGGACCUUUCCCAUCUUGAUGCAGGAUGCCUUUUUCUUCCAAAGGUGACUCCACAGGAUGUACAUGGACCCUGUGCUUUCUUGGAGGUGGGAGGCUUUCAGCAGGGAUUAAACAUCAGAAAAGGAUACACUGGAGAACAGGCCACACACAGCCAACCUGGUACUGGCCAGGGUUAAAGGGAAGGAGAAAACGGGGGAGCUGAGCAGGAAGGAAAUGAUGAUAGUCUAAAGAGGAAUUGAGGUGACUGGAGGAUUGAGAUAGUGGCCGGAAGCCCCCACUGGGAUUAACACUGGGCCUCAGUUGACCCUUCUCAUUUCCUAAUUAUGAUCCACACAUCACCAACUUUACCCUUUCUCUAGACUUUCGAGGUGAAGUCCCAUAAGGGAGUAGAUUAUGAGAGUUCUGGGGUCUCCUCCCCUGAGAAAAUGCUUUAGGCUGAGUCCCCAGGACCUGGAUGGGUUGCUUAGGCUGGUAUUAAAGCAACCCCAGAAACAAAAGCAACCCUACAAUCGUGUGGUGCCAGGACCUAGAGUUCUGAUCUAUUGCCUUGUCAGAAGGAACAAACGGUAGCAGGUCUCACAGUGUUGGUUUUCUGUAGUCUGAGCCUGGAACCGCCAAGUCUGCAGCUGCCUAUUGAGUAAGCCCUCCAGAAUUGCUGGCUGGGGAAGUGUGUUGUGUGCUGCCCUCUACUGGCUGGGGUACCCUGCUGCUGAAUUCUAAAUGGCUUCUAGUGUGGAGAAGGAAGCCUGUACCCAUGGAAAAGGCAAGCAGCCUAUCACACCUUUCUUGGAGGACCUAGGGUAUAUCUCUUGGGAACUGUAAGUGAUAGGUAGAGGUCUAUCAUAAUGAGCAAAGGGAACUGGGUCUCCCAAGUGAUUUACAGGGCCGAGGAGCCUGGAUAUCACUGGUGAUGAGGAUGGACAGGCCAGUGGGAGAAAGAUCUGUGGAGGUGGAGGAAGACCAAGGAGAGUGGUCAAGGAACACCAUGUCCCACCCAGGCCAGUUUACUCCUCAGGGACCCACCCCCACCCCCAUAGCUGUCAGAGCUAGUGUACACCAGGUGGAGCCCUGUGGCCUUGUAUAACCACGGGGGUGGGGGUGAGGGGGGCUAUGAGUGAGCCAGGAGAGGGAGGUGCAGCUGGCAGUCCCUUAGUACAUGGGUGCUCUGGAUUCUGGGGAGGCAGAAGCAGGAGAAACUCCAGUGUGGGACAAGCCUGUGGCACAACGCCCCCAGGGGUGGGGCAGUGUCCUAAGAACAUGUUCCCCUGGACUAUGUCACGUGUCACUCAGUGUUGUCUUGGAGGAUGGGGGUAAAAACACAAACAAACCGACAACCCCUCCACGCACCUUUUUUUAUAUAAGGUUUCAUAUUUAAUUUGGUCAUGAAUUCAUAAUACAUGAGUAUUUUGUAUCUAA